AUGCAGCGCUGCCAAGCCGUGCUUGCGAUUGCCGAACUGAGAGCCUCCCAACCCUCCGAACAAUCACAACGACGGCUUCACAUUCGCCCCCCGCUUCGCCUCAGCUUCAACUCGCUCUACGAGGGCCUGCCGUCGCGUCCAGAGCGCCCGCCCGCCUCGCGCCUGUGGAAUCCCGUGAACUCGUCGCGCCGCUUUGUCCCGCCGCAGCACCCGCCGCAGUCGGCGGCGCCCCGCGAACACCUGCCCAACCUGCCCGUUGAGCACGCCUGCCCGGACCCGCGCGACGAGCACCCGCUGCUCACCCUGCCGCAGCAGCGCCAGAGCCGCCAGAGCCUGCAGAGCCCUGUCGCCUCGCCCACGCUCCAACGCUUCACCCCCGAGGACACCAUCUCAGGCCGCGCAAGUGUCGCUCUCCCGCGCCAUCGAAGCAGCCUGCAGGUCGACUCGCAGUCGCCCACCCCUGGCCCUGCGAUGACCGUCGAGCAGCAGUCUGUAGAUGCACAGGACCAGGCACCGCCCGCUGGCCCACCCUAUGGACGCGACCUGGAGCUGGGCGCAGAGAUGAGCAAGCUGUCGCCGGCCCGCGUCUCCAUCCCGGGUUCUCGCGCCACGUCGACGCACUCUGCCACGGGCUCGGCGCACGGCGACGGCGACGAUGCGUCAGAGUUCCCAUGGGGCCCUGCACACCCCUGCUUCCCCCACCCGAACCCGCAUGUGCCCCUGACCUCGGAGCUGUACGACACGACGCGCAUCAUUCGCAUAAAACGCGACUGGAUGACAAAGGGUGACCUGGCUCCGACGUUUGCGAACCUGUAUCCUGAGAUUCUGGACCCGCUAGUCACCGAAGACGAUUUCCGCAUCAUGAUCAAGAAGAUAAACGACACACUCAUGGACGCCUUUGACCCCUUUACCUUCCGAGCAUGGUUGGACGCUGUCAUGGGUGUUGCGACCUUCUGGCUGUGGGACGACGUAGGCUUGACGGGCAUCAAGCGCAACUUGGCAGAACUAGAACGCUGGAUAGAAGACUGGAACAGGGAUGUGGGCGCACCAGAAGGCGUCAAGGUCAUCCCAUUACGGCGGACGGGUUAUCUUACGCUCGACAUCCAAAUACCUGAUCCCCAUCUCGGCCCUGACACUGGCGGCUCACGUCCCAGUACACGAGAAGAGGCUACCAACGCCAUGCCGCCGCAAAUAGAUUACCUUCCGUAUCCCAUCGCGCCGGCAUUGCAGCUGAAUUCGCAGCCCACAAUUCUCGAGAGCCAGUCGUAA